AUGAUCUUACUUCCCUCCUUCCCCAUAACCCAUCGCUUCCAGACCGGUACACACUGGACAGAGUCCCUGAGGAAGCGUGAAAAGAUGACGGGACGUGGACGCGGCAGGGGUAUGACGUUGCCAGCGUGGAUGACUAAAGAAGGUGGGCCGACCCAGACUGCGGAGGCGCGCGGCAGCAGCAAUGGCGACCACGGUGGCAGCAAUACAAAUCCUCUCGGGGGACUCCAAGACCAUGUCUCCACUACGAAUGUGCCCCAGGGAGGCCGACGGUCCAGAUGGGAAGCUGAUCAGCCUUCCCAGGCUGCCCCUCCUACAUCGGCUCCCGCCCAACAUUCCAGUAUCAAACAAGCACCGACGCCCCCCCCAGCGCGAGCAGCCUCCCCUUCUCCUGCCAAUGCCAAUCCUACGACCAUCAGCGCGCCGCCAGUGCUGGGAGCUGCACCGUCCUCAACCACACCGGCCUCGGGCGAAGGCACCGCUUUGGCAUCUGCGGCCUAUGGGAGCUUAUCCACGUCUGGAACCAAUGCUCCCACCGCCAGCACGGCGGGCUAUCCGCAAAUGCACAUGCAGCAUCAGCAGGCCUACGGCAACUGGCAACAUCCCCUCCAGCACCCUCAGGGUCAACAAGACUACUACCACCAGUAUUACCAGCAGCAGCAAAUGCAGCAGCACCAGCAGUACUACGCCCAGGCGCAACAAGCGGCUGCCUACGCCGCUGCCAUGCCUCCUGCUCCUGCCCCAGCGCCCGCUUCGGCCCCUCCACCGGUACCUCCUGAAAUCGCGGACAAUGUGGAGGAGGGCUAUCAACCCGUCUACGACCCCAAGACCCAGUACUGGUAUUUUUGGAACGCGGCGUCCAAUCAGGUCACGUGGGAGAAGCCUUUGAAAGACAAGAGCAAGGCAUUUGUGCCCCCCCCGCCACCGGGAUCGCCACCCAAAUGAGAAAGGAGGGGAGGAGGGGAAACGGAAAGGAAGAAUGGGGUAGGGCG